AUGAAUUUCAUAACGACCACGUUCCUACCGUGUGCGUGGCAUCGCUUAAGGCUGUUGGAGGGUGAGUCAGCGGGCUACCCCGCUGAGUCACGCACCCCCCCCCCCCCCCCGAGCCCCGCCAAAGCUCACCUCUCACAACCCUUGCGCAAUCUUGAAGGCGCUCACAUUUUGUCAUGCGUUUCGCCACUCGUACGGCCGACUUGCGGGACCUGCGCGAAGUUCAAGUGUGCACGUGACGUCAUCGGCCUUUGG